CCCGCAGCUCCGCGCGUUUCCCGCCGGGCCGUGAUGCGCGGCGGCCCCGGGCCCUGGCGGAAGCGCGGGGCCGCGGCUCGGGAGCAUGGCGAGUCUGUCCAGGGCGCCGCAGCAAUGGGCCACUUUUGCCCGAGUUUGGUGUCUCCUAGAUGGGAAGAUGCAGCCCCCUGGCAAGCUUGCUGCCCUGGCAUCAGUUAGACUUCAAGGACUGCAUAAGCCUGUCUACCAUCAACUGAGUGACUGUGGGGAUCAUGUUGUCAUCAUGAACACAAGGCACAUUGCCUUUUCUGGAAACAAGUGGGAGCAAAAAGUGUACUCCUCACAUACUGGCUACCCAGGUGGAUUUAAACAAGUGACAGCUGCUCAGCUUCACCGAAAGGAUCCAGUAGCAAUUGUAAAACUAGCUAUUUAUGGCAUGCUGCCAAAAAACCUUCACAGAAGAACUCUGAUGCAGAGGUUGCACCUUUUCCCAGAUGAAGAUAUACCAGAAGAUAUUCUUAAGAAUUUAACAGAAGAGCUUCCUCAACCACGAAAAGUGCCCAGACGUCUAGAUGAGUACACACAAGAAGAAAUAGAGGCUUUUCCGAGAGUUUGGUCUCCACCUGAGGACUAUCGGCUGUAGGAGGAAGAAAAUUCCAGAACAUAAUGGUGGUGCUUGAAACUCCUUCCUCAGGGCAAGAUGGAGCAACAGCUGCCUUCCGACAGGACGCCUGCUCUGGGGGCUGAAAGUUUGUCGGGGAGGGUCGGGCAGGGAUAUCCCUUCCUUAGGAGAUUACAGUAAAAUGUCACUUUAUAGAA